AUGUCAUCAUCGACCCAAGAUCAGCCUCGCCCCCGCAAACGCCAUCGCAUUGCCGAGUCUUGCAAGCUCUGUAGGUCAAAAAAGACUCGAUGCGACGGCCGGCGCCCGACGUGUUCAUCUUGUGAGUCCAAGAACACGGCCUGCGAGUACAAUGAACCCAAUGUCGUGCUAUCCAGCGAUAUUCUGUCCAAGAUGGCAGAUCUUGAAGCACGGGUACAAGCGUUAGAGAGUCUGCCCAGCAAUUUUACAGGUUCAUUCCAUGUUGCUACAGGUACUCCGUCUCCGCUGCCGCGUCAUGGUAAUGCCCAGUCGUCGAUCGUGGAUAAUCCAACACUGCGGUUUAUCUCCUCUGUCACCCAAACUGCACGUACCGGAGGCAGCGAUAUACAAACUCAGCCAGGCAAUCCAAAUGAUCGCGCUACUUCAUUCGCCGGUAUGAACAUGAGUCAAGUCGUUCUACCCUCAAGAGAGGUUGCAGAUGACUUUGUUGAAUGUUAUGAAAGAUUGGUGUACCCUAUGUUUCCUGUGCUGCACAUCCCGAGCUUCAAAGCGAGAUACCUUCGUGUCUGGGAGUCACCAUCUAAUGACCAGGCUCUGGAUACUACCUUUGCAGCAAGUUUAAACAUCGUUUUUGCUUUAGGCUGCCUCAACAGCUCAAAGACAGAACCAAGUCUCAUAUUAUCAACAGCCGAAACCUUUUACGAACGCAGUCGUAGCAUCCUUCCACUCGAUUCACUUGACAGACCAAGUCUCGAGGUUGUCCAGUAUCUUCUGUUGACAGGGAAUUAUUUAAGCUUCACAAAAUACUCACACCGAUAUUGCAACACGUUGGCGAUGGCGAUACAGGUCGCGCAGACGAUAGACUUGCAUCGGGCUGAUCAUGGUGCAACGAGUCAAUUACAGCGCGAGAUGGGGAGACGAGUUUGGCAUUUAUGCUUGACAAUGCAAAGGUAUUUGCUCUAUCUGCAGGGCACUAGCACCACUAAGCGCCUCAGGUUGAUGUCUGCACUGUUUGGAUGGAACAGUGUACUGAUUCAUGAUAAUACUUGUCCAUUACCUCAGAUGAUAGAUGACGAAUAUCUCCUUGAAGAACGAGAGGGCUGUCAGCCGGCGGCAACGCCCUCAUUGUUGGAUGCCUUGGCAGUGUCUAUGAAGAUUUUCGAUGUUGUAGCCGGAGUUCGUGAAGUCAAUGCUGCCUCGUUCUCUAAGGCACUACAGAUGCCGGAACUGAUGAAGAUACUUCAGCUUAACGAACGUCUUACUGAGAUCGAAGACAACCUUCCAGAGCAUCUAAAGUAUAAGAGCGGGCGGGCAGCAAGUUCCGCAAGGGAAAAGGUUCUCCACUACCAGGCUGAGGUAGUGAAUUUAAGGCUGCUCUAUGUCAGAUUACUAGUCCUGCGCACAACUCUCCUUCCAGCAGCCCGUCAGGUGUUGGCACGUCAAGAUCUAAGCACCCCACCGUCACGCCUCGAACACGCAGUUCGCAAAGAAACAUGGCACAUCUGCAUACAGAGUGCGGUAACUUCACUGGACAUCCUACACACAAACCUGCAGUCGUCUUCAAAGGUCAUAAGCAUCCAUGCCAUGUUUGUCACCCUCUCGGCGACGACGGUACUAAUAGCAUCAUCUGCUCUGCCUAGAGAUCCAGCAGAUCCCCCUCCGUCGCAUGCAGACUCUAUUACAAAAGCCUUUGAGAUUCUCGAUGCACAUCAGUGGCGUGCUGAAGGCGUUUCAGAAACUCGAACAAAGCUGUGCAAGUUCCUCCAAACAGUUGAAAAUGCAAAUAGGGACCCAAUUUACGAACAAGGGCCUUAUGACCCUCUUGGGGGUCAAAGUGACGGCCACUUGAGGUUGCCUGAGCAAGCAGGUCUUUUCGACAAUAUCGAUCUUGGUGGGGACCUUUGGAUACCCCAACUUGAUGGCUUAUUGUACUUAUAG